AUUCACAGAACUGACUGCACAAUGGAUUAAAAUGGCUUCCUGUGGUCUGAUGUGCUACUUCCUAAUUUGUCGUCGCUUUUCUCAAAUUUGCUGUAAUGGAGUUGAUCGUUUUCAUAGUGAUUCAGCUCCUGAUGGAGGUUCAGUCCUACACAUCCCCUACUGUAAAAAUAUCUCCAGAUGUCAUAAGAGAGUCCAGCUCAGUGAAGAUCAGCUGUGAGACGCCAAAUGUUACAGUGAAUCAGUGUUAUUUCAACACAAACAGUGAGGAGAAGAAUGUAAAAACCAGUUGGAGAUGUGAGCUGGAUCUCACUGGUGCUGAAGUGUUCAGAUGGGCAGCUGUAACAUCACCUGGAUCACUCGACAUUUACUGUUACUACACAAUACAUGGGAUUGAUAAACCAUCACGCCAUUCUCCUCCUGCCACAGUGACGGUUCUAGCUGUAACUGUAAUGUCCACUUCUGAAACCCUAACAUACACUACAAUUGACCUCCAUUCCAAGACAAACCUGUCAACAAGUACAACAAAAAAAACGAUGAUUUCCAUUACAAACUCCACUUUGCCUGGUAACAGUAGAAUAUCAGAACAUAUUUCAACAGAAGCGUCCACUCAAAAAGCUUCACAAAUACACACAUCAACAAUGGCUGUCACUUUCACAACAGCAUCCCCCAGAACAGCUGUUUCUAAUGUUCACACUUCAAUGGCUCAUCCGACAGAUCCACAAACAGGCACAUGGUUUUUAGUGCUGGUUUCCACUGGUGUUGCUGUAUUCUUGUCUGGACUCACAGGACUCAUCUGUCUGUGUCGGUUUGCAAGUCAAAAAAUAAGAAAACUAUCAAUAAAAAUGGAAGUGCCCAGUCAAGGAAUUAGUAUGAGUGGUUCUGGAUCUGCAGAUAUAUAUUCCCUGAUCACUUCUGUACCAGAAACAUCUCAGCCCAUAUCUGGAGGCCUCGAACACCCAGAGUCACAUCAGGAGAGCACAGCAGAUCCCACAGACACUCACUCUUUCAUUAUGUCUGUAAAUUCAGUUUACCAGCCAUCAGAUGUUUUAGUCAAUAAACAACAGAAACAGGAAAAUCCAGAGGAAAAUGAGAAUGUUUAUCACCUGUACUCCAUGAUCCCUGACAAACCAGUUCACUCAAAUGCAGAAGAUCACGUGUACAGUUUGGUGAAGAUGCACUGACAAAUCCCAUGUCUGUGUUCAUUAUGUAUUGCGACUAUAAUUAAAGUGUAUUUACUU